GUUACCUAACCAAACUUCUGCAAAAUCAUACUGCCUAUGCCUGCGAUGGGGAACGUUUGAGUCUGCAUUGUCCUGCGCAUUCAACGAUAAGUGUUCAGUCAGCAUUUUACGGGCAAGACUACCGCAUGUGUAGCACUCAGGAGCCUGAAACCAAGAUGACAGAACCCGUAAACUGUGUGGCACCCACUUCUUUGCAGAAAGUACUGGAUGAAUGCCAAAACCUGAGAUCCUGCCAACUCCUUGUCAAUAGUCGGGUUUUUGGACCUGAUCUGUGUCCAGGGACCACUAAAUUCCUCCUUGUCUCCUUUAAAUGCAAACCUACUGAAUACAAAACCAAAUCAGCAUGUGAAAACCAGGAACUGAAACUCCACUGUCAGGAGUCUAAGUUCCUUAUCAUCUACUCUGCCACCUAUGGCAGAUGGGCACGCGAGGAGAACAUCUGCUCGACAGAAGUGGAGCGCAUCCCCCCCUUCG